AUGGCCAUUGCAGAUGCCAAUUAUCGGUUUAUCACUGUUGACAUUGGAGCUUAUGGGCGGACAAAUAACUCGAUAGCUUUCAAAAACUCAGCAAUGGAACGCCUCCUGUAUUCAAAGGACUUUAGAUUGCCACCACCGAGACCUUUGCCAGGUACUGAUGGACCUCCAAUGCCAUUUGUGGUAGUAGGGGACAAGUCGUUCCAAAUGUGGAGAACCUUAUCAAGCCGUACUCUUGCCAUGACUUGCACUGCUGUAGCAAGGAACAAGGGGUCGUCAUUGAUGGGCGAUGAUGUUGUUAACAUGGAAAGCAGCAAGGUACUUCAGCACACAUCCGGCCUUCUAGAGAAGAUAGCGUUUUGUUCCACAGCUUCUAACAGCUUUCCUGGAAACAAUCCUCUUCCUAUGGACAGACCCUGGGACUUGGACUGGAAUCAGCCUCCUUCAGCUGCAACGCCGAUCACUCCAGGACUCCCUGACGCCUGGAUGCGACCAGGUUCUGUACCACACAGUCCUUCUCUGUUCCUCUCAAGAUGGAGGCAGAGGCAGCUUCCUGGUUCUUCUCCAACCCCACCUCCUAUGAAUAUUCAAACACUUGUACAUGUUAGCUGUGUUAAGAAACAGUGA